GAGUGUCUUUAGCCCAAUUUUAGUGAGAAUCAUUGCAUUUCUGGGGGAAAACAGGUAGAAAAGAGACAUUGCUGAGCUUCUCUCAUUGGCGGAUAGAGGCGCUGCUGAUCCAGUUGUCAGCAUGAAUCCGUGGCUCGAAUCUGAAUCUCAGAAGAGCAGCGAUUUUCAAAGCGAUUCCACCACCGAGAUUGGCUUCGAAGACAACUUCCAGCCCAAGAGUGAGCGUCUUCCAGACUCACAGGAGUACCUCGAUAGACUAGAGUCCAAGUUGAGGCGCAUCAAGAAGGAUCCCAACGUCCUGAGGCAGUUGGCGGAGAAGCGCGAAGCCUGCCUGCAGAGUCUACUCGUGGAUUGUGGUGACGGAGUGCAGGCGAACAGGGAGAUUGACCUGAAUCUCGACGCUCCAGUGAAUAGCACGGAUUUCCGGGCUGCGCAGGAGAUUGCCAGGUUUCUGCGUCCGGAGCAGGCGCUGUCGGUGGGUGAGGUGGUGCAUCUGGUGAAGCACGAUCAACUGCAGGUGGAGAGUGAGGAGGAGGAGCAGCAGCAGCAGCCCAAGGAGGCCGAAGGCGAAUCAUCUGACGGAAGUCGCUAGAGAAGAACACACAGAGAUUCUGGGCAGAGAGAGAGAGAUGGAUUCCGUCUUCGGCCAGACAUUCAUGUUCCUCACGAAGCUCGCGUGGAACAGUCGCACGACGCUUCCGCUCCUCAUCACCGCCUUUUUCAUGGCCAUGGACUUCCGGAUGCAAGUGGAAUUGGACCUUCAUCUGCAGAAUGACCAGGCCGAUCGUCCCGUUGAAGUGUACGAUGAGGACGAAGAGAGCGGCUCAUCUGAUUAUUACUACGAAUCGACAACUGAGGUGGAAUCUGACGAAGAAGCGGAAGUAAUUCACAUUCAGCGGAUUUAUUAACAUUGGCGCAAUCAUUUUGUUGAUAUUCUCAAUACUCCAUUGAUUAAUAUAGAUUUAUUCUUCUCACAAA